AGGAUAGAGAAAGUUAGUAGAGAUUCUUCGCAAGGGCAUCGAUCAUUUGGAACUUUGGAACAGAUGAACUUAGGAUUAGGCACAAUGAGCUGUACAAAUGAAUAUUCAUCUCUUAAUAUCAUUCCACUAGGCAAUUUUAUCUCAUUAAGAAAUGCAUCUGCGCAGCAAAAUUUGACACGUCCAAUACAACAAGUACAAGACAUUGAAGAUAAUUCAUUUAUUCAAUCUCAAACGAAUAAUCAAGCAAAAGAAAAGAAUUCUAAAAAAAAUGAUGGUUGUCAUUGUAGUAAAACCAACUGCAAAACCAAAGUUGUUCAUGCUGAAAAAACAAUGCACUUUGUACAAGGCGCUGUGGUUGUGUAUUGA